AUGGCGGACAACGACGGACCAGUGACUAACGGCGUCUUAGUCGAGCAGACGACGUCAUCUGUUAGCAAAGGAUCUCUAAACGCCGUGAAGAAACCACCGUCUAAAGACCGACACAGCAAAGUCGACGGAAGAGGGAGACGGAUUCGUAUGCCAAUCAUUUGCGCCGCUCGAGUAUUCCAAUUGACCAGAGAGCUAGGUCACAAAUCCGACGGCCAAACCAUAGAGUGGCUCCUCCGUCAAGCCGAGCCUUCUAUCAUAGCCGCCACCGGAACAGGCACCACUCCGGCGAGUUUCUCCACCGCUUCUCUCUCCACCUCUUCUCCGUUCACACUCGGAAAGCGCGUCGUUAGAGCGGACGAGGGAGAAUCCGGCGCCGGCGGAGGAGGAUUGACGGUUGGACCGACAAUGGGGACUUCGUUAAUGAGUGGCGGCUCUGGUGGUGGGUUCUGGGCGGUUCCAGCGAGGCCUGAUUUCGGACAAGUCUGGAGCUUUGCUGCCGGAGCUCCGCCGGAGAUGUUGUUUACACAGCAGCAGCAGCAACCAGCUACGCUAUUCAUCCGCCACCAGCAACAGCAACAGCAAGCUUCCGCCGCCGCCGCAGCUGCAAUGGGUGAGGCUUCAGCAGCAAGAGUCGGGAAUUAUCUGCCGGGUCAUCAUCUCAAUUUGCUAGCUUCUUUGUCGGGUGGGGCUACUGGGUCGGGUCGGAGGGAAGACGAUGACCCACGUUAA